AUGGCCAACAAUUCCUCAAGAGUUCCUGGUUUCAAUGCACUCUCUGUGGCCAUUAUCGUCAUUGCCUCAGCCGGUGCACUGCUAAUAAUCUACCAUUUCAUCAUCAUCCGUUGCUGCACGAGAAGGCAAACCAUCGUUACCCAUCAACAAAUGCCGCAAAACUCACUGUCUCUUGCUGACCAUUUCGGUCAAGACUUACCGCCAAACAGCUUGGUAGAUUCAAUAACCGAGCUCAUCCCCCAUUACAAGUUCACCAAAGACAUUGGGUUGUUGUCAAAAUCUGAAGACGUUACUUGUGCAAUAUGCUUAUGCGAGUUCAACGAUGGCGAUGCCAUUAGGAUUUUGCCUGAAUGUUUGCACUCGUUUCACGUUCAUUGUAUUGAUAUGUGGCUUUACUCUCACUCAAAUUGCCCGCUUUGCCGAGCUGAUACGCCGGUUCAUCACAUUGUUGCCGGGUCGCCGGCAAAUAGUAGCGUGGGAAACAUCAUAAGCCGGUGA